AUGCCUUCUUGUAUAUCUAACUCUAUGGGUUAUCUAUCCAUCAAUAUUGUUAUAGGCCUGAUACGUUGUCUGGCUUUACAUAGUGUGCAUACCUGGCUAGCCUCCGGAACAAGUCGCGGACACCUUGUAAGCUGGGACCUGCGCUACCAGCGCCCUGUAACUUUCGCCUGUCAUCCACAAUUGUCUCCACAAAGGCAUGAUGCUGCCAGCCUUCUGGCACUGCGAAUCGUACAGCCCGGUCUUUAUUAUCCCACAGCAACAACGUCCUCCAUUGCUGGAUCAUCCAGCCAAGGAUCACAAGAACCAUCUCAGCAGCCCCUGAUCGCUACAUCUACUUCGACGACUCCCAAGAACGUUUGGCGUGCAAAUUGGAACAUCAUCACGGAAGGCGUAGGGCCUAAUUUUCCUCCGGAUACCUCAAGACUUCUUAAUUCAGCCGGGCGACAGCAAAUCUCUAAUCUUCCUGGGGCUGCCUCGCAUACACAGGUUCUGGUGAGUUCUCGGUGUCAUACAUUCGAUUCCGUAACAUUCAACUAG